AUGGUAGUGGCAGAAAGUGUUGGUACUGAUGUGAAACAAUUAACAGGGGAUGAAAAUAAACAAGAAUCAAAACCACCGAGUCUCUUGUCAUUAGAAAUAUUUCGCAUCACUAAGGAUGCUCAACAACAGCACGGUCUGCGUCACGGUGACUACCAACGCUACCGCGGCUAUUGCUCGCGUCGCCUCCGUCGGAUGCGUAAGGUUCUCAAGUUACCACAGGGUGACAGGCGACACUAUCGCCGGCGUGACGUCACGGCCGCUCACCUGACUGCGGCAAACGCUGAGAAUCGCCUGCUGUGUGUUCCCCUGCUGCAAGCGGAACGGGCCUGGGCGCACGCGAUGCAGCUCAGGCAGGAGGCGAACACUGAGCCGAGGAAAAAGUUCCAUCUGGUGGCGCGGUUGAGGAAGGCCUACGCCCACGCGCAGACUCUGUUGCAGCUGUGCGAGAGCGGUGCUUGCGAUGCCCGCACCCAGCUGGAGGCGGGAGCUUACGCGGCGUGGCUGGGAGGGGUGCUUCUGCUGGAGCUGCAGCAGUGGCGCGCUGCCGCAGACAGCCUGCAGCGCGCUCAGCUGGUGCUGGAGAACCUCAGCGCCGCGCUGCCGGACGACGAGCGCCACGUUUACCGGCAGAAGGUGGAAGAGUUGAAGCCGAGCUUGAGGUACUGCGCUUACAACAUCGGCGACCAGUCGGCUGCCGGUGAUUUGGCUGCCAUGCGUGGACAGGGGCUCAUUGAAAACCUUGACACGCUCAUGGCUCAAGCGAAGGAAUCGCGCUCCGGAAUAAUGCAUGAGAUCGAGUGGCGCGGGCGGCGGGUGACCGUGCGCCCGGAGAAAGUGAGGCUGUUCCUAAUCGCUCUGCAGGACUACGACAAGUCCGUCGAAGGCGCGCAGAGCGUGGAGGCAAAGAUCGAGAUACUCGAGAACAUCCUCAUGGACUGCAAGGACGCGAUCAGCUCCAUCAGGGAAGACGUGAAGAACGAUCCUAAGCUCAAGUCGACCACGGAAGCUCAAGCGUCCAGCAUCUGCCACCUCUUCACGUACCUGAUGUACAUACGCUUGAAGCGCACCGUCCAUCGCAACAACCUGCUCGUGCAGCAAGCGGAGGAGGCGCGCAAGCGGAACGCUCCGCUGGACGGCAAGAAGGUGCGGCCCCAAGACCUCACCAGGCUCUACGAGAUCAUACUGCAGAACUACGCGGAGCUGCAAAUGCUGCCGGGGCUGGACGGCGACGCGGCGUACCAGAGGGAGGUGGAGACGGAGAUGAAGGCGUACCGCGCGUUCCGCUGCUACUACAUCGCUCAGGUGCUGACCGCGCUGCGCCGCUUCCGCGAGGCGCUCGCGAUGCUCGAGCGCAGCAGCGGCUACGCGGCGGAGAGCCUCGCCAGCGAGCUGGACGACAAGCGGCUGCUCGCCAAGCUCGAGAACCUUCGCGGGGAGAUAGAGAGCUGCAAGUUCGAAGUUCACGCCGACUCGGUGCUGGAGGACGACGACGAGGACGAGGAGGGCCGCUACACGAGCGGCAGGCCGUACAAGGACAAGAAGCCGCUGGCGGAGCGGCUGGACGAGUACCGCGAGGACACCCUGGCGCUCACCAAGAACCCCAACGUGUACAAGCUGCCGCCCGCCAUGGAGGCGGUGCCGUGCAAGCCGCUCUUCUUCGACCUCGCGUGCAACUUCAUCGAGUUCCCCAAUUUGGAGGACAAGACCGGCGCGGCCGGCGGCAAGAAGCAGGCGGCCGGUAUUACGGGCCUGGUGAAAGGCUUCCUGGGGUGGGGCAGCGAGAAA